UGAACCUGCUAAUAAUGUGUUUAUGUUUGUUUUUUGGUUCAAAUUCUUGAAAGAAUUAUAAAUGUGUUGGAUGUUUGUCUAGCCAAGUUUCGUCUCUGUUGUGCAGGAUUCAAAUUUGAAUGUUUGUUUACAGUAAAUUUUAUUUUUUUAAUAACUGAGGUGCUCAUGUAGAACCUAACAUAUAAAACUACAAAACACUUCAAACCAAACACAUCAUUUUCAUAUAAUUGUAAGAUAAUUAUAUAUUUUUUAAGUUUUUCUUUUGUAAACCAGAGCAGCUGCAUAGUUUCAUCGUCCUACUAUUACUGGAAAAAGUCAACCACGUCGUCGUCAAACUUAUUUUCUUCCUGUUGGCGAAGAGUGAUAGGAUUUUCCACCAUGACGACCAUCCCGAUACUAAACAUGGAGUUCGGAGAGGUGAGAGACGCCGUGUGGGCCAAGCUGCAGGAACCCAGGUCCCAGAGGAAGCUGAUCCUGGUGAUCGUGUCCAUAGCCCUGCUGCUGGACAACAUGCUGUACAUGGUGAUAGUGCCCAUCAUACCCGACUACCUGAGGUACGUGGGCGCCUGGGGCAAGCAGCCGGAGGCGGAGGUCGCGGCGGGGGACAACGAGACGUGGACCGCCGCGCCAGGGGCGCCCGUCGUGCGCGACCACCACGGCCAGGACUCCGCGACGGGCAUCCUCUUCGCGUCCAAGGCCAUAGUCCAGCUGAUGGUGAACCCCUUCUCCGGGGCGCUGAUAGACCGCAUCGGCUACGACAUGCCCAUGAUGGUCGGCCUCACCAUCAUGUUCCUCUCCACGGCCGUGUUCGCCUGCGGCCGCAGCUACGGGGUGCUGUUCUUCGCGCGCAGCCUCCAAGGGGUGGGCUCGGCGUUCGCAGACACCUCGGGCCUCGCCAUGAUAGCCGACCGCUUCACGGAGGAGAACGAGCGCUCCAAGGCCCUCGGGAUCGCGCUGGCCUUCAUCAGCUUCGGGUGUCUGGUGGCGCCGCCCUUCGGCGGGGCGCUGUACCAGUUCGCGGGCAAGGAGGUGCCGUUCCUCAUCUUGGCCUUCGUCUCCCUGGCUGACGGUUUCAUGCUUCUUCUGGUGAUGAAGCCAAUCAAACAGCAGAUCAAAGACUCCAAGAUGGAGCGGCCCAAGGGAACUCCGAUAUGGAGGUUGUUCAUCGAUCCGUACAUCGCCGUGUGCUCCGGGGCGCUAAUGAUGUCUAACGUGGCCCUCGCUUUCCUGGAACCCACCAUUUCCCUCUGGAUGGAGGACAACCUCACGACCGAUAACUGGAAGAUCGGGAUGAUCUGGCUUCCGGCUUUCUUCCCUCACGUCUUCGGCGUCAUCCUGACGGUGAAAAUAGCCAGGCGAUAUCCGCAGUAUCAGUGGCUCAUGGCCGCAGGCGGUCUCGCACUGGAAGGACUUUGCUGCUUCAUCAUUCCAUUUUCUAAUUCGUACAAGGUUUUAAUGAUUCCUAUCUGUGGUAUAUGUUUCGGCAUCGCCCUUAUCGACACCGCCCUUCUUCCUACACUUGGAUACUUGGUUGAUGUGCGAUACGUGUCUGUGUAUGGCAGUAUAUAUGCUAUCGCCGAUAUAUCGUAUUCAGUAGCUUACGCAGUAGGGCCGAUCAUAGCAGGUGGUGUGGUCGAGGCAAUAGGUUUUACUGCGCUUAACAUAGGUAUAGCAUUUUCCAACCUUCUGUACGCUCCGAUGCUCGUCUAUUUGAGGCACAUAUACGACUUCAAGCCGUUAGAAAACGAAGCGAACAUACUAAUGUCUGAUCCUCCAGAUAAGGAAUACCAGACCUAUACGAUGCACGAUCAGAAACCUGUUGUCGGGGAGUUCAAGAACCACUUAGAAUACGCACGCUUCCCUGAUGAAAACAAUUCUGUCGAUGCCUACUAUCCGGAUGGCCAUGCCACCAAAGUGCAAGAAACAGACAUCGACAGGCAAGACGGAGCAAACGGACAUCCAGCUGGAUCAGGGACCUACUUUACGCAACAGCACUCUCAGGGAAAUUACCAGCAGCAGGAGUACCAACCCCAACAGCACGCGUAUCCUUCCCAGCAGCAAGGUUACCAGGCCCAGAAUCAGGCCUACCAACCCCAGCACCAAAGUUACCAGCCUCAGACUACAACCCAACGCGCCCUGCCACAACAACCCAGCCAGUCUCUGGGAAGGACUGUUCCGUCUUCGUCAGACACAAACCCAUUCAGAGCGGGCAGUACAGGAGGUGGAGAGAGUGAAGUUGAUAAGAAUCCUUUCCGACAAGGCUUCGGGUAGUCUUAACGCAGUUGUUUUUUUUUUUCUUCAGAUAUUGUAGAACAUGUCCUUUCCACAAUGUAAAGAUUAGACAAUAUAUCGUCUGGUAGGCUAUAAAAAUGAUCAAUCCUCGAUAAUAAUAGUUGUUCUUUUAGUUUCUAAAAGUUUCCUUUA